AUGAUCUCUGGCCGUUGUGCAGCUUGCAAGUAUUUGAGAAGAAGAUGCCCUUCAGAUUGCAUUUUCUCUCUCUAUUUCCCUCCCAAUGAUCCUCAAAGAUUUGCUUGCGUUCACAGAAUCUAUGGUGCUAGCAAUGUCGCAAAGAUGCUCCAGCAAAUCCCUCCACCUCUCCGAGCUGAAGCAGCGGAAACUCUGUAUUUUGAGGCACGAUGUCGUAUUGAAGACCCUGUUUAUGGCUGCGUUGGUGUAAUCUCUCAAUUAUAUGAACAACUACAGAGUGCAGAAAGCGAGCUAGCUAAAACCCAAGCUGAGAUUGCCGUCCUCAAUUGUAAUCCGCAAGAAGCCCCAAUUGAAGCCAAUUCCAACUUCAACACUUUAUUGGCCCCCUUCCACUCAAAUUUCUUGGUUUAA